CCAUCUUUCUUUUACUUUUCGUUGCGUUUUGUGAAACGUCAGUCGUUGCUGAAUGAGUCUGUGUCGUUAGUGCUAAUUAUUUUUAGUAUUAACGUAAACUAUGGCUGGUUUUACGGAAAACGCGUUGAUACGAAAACUGCAAGAAUUAAACUCAAGCCAGCAAAGUAUUCAGACAUUAUCGUUGUGGCUGAUACACCACAGAAAACAUCACGCUGCCGUAGUGCGGACAUGGUAUAAAGAAUUGCUAAAAGCUAAAGAUAGUAAGCAACUGACAUUCAUGUACCUAGCCAAUGAUGUCAUUCAAAACAGUAAGAAGAAAGGUCCGGAAUAUGGCAAGGAGUUUGGUGAGGUACUUGUAGACUCGUUCAAACACAUGGCAAAGACUGGCAUAAACACAAAGACUAAACACUCCCUGCAUCGAAUACUCAACAUAUGGCAGGAACGAGGAGUUUACGAUGCACAGAAGAUACAGGAGUUUAAAGAAGCUGUUGAUCCGAAUGAUGCAAUUGACAAGACUCCGAAGAAAAUUAGCAAGCGUAAAUCGACUGACACAGAGCCAAAGGAUCCUGAGAAAAAGCCAAAAGUGGAGAAAGAAAAGGACCGACCGAGACGCCGGAGCGAGACCAAAGUUGAGGUUGACGGUCAGAUUGAGACUCAUACGACACUCAGCCCGAAGACUCCACCAGGAGACCCUCCAGAACCUGAAGAACUGAUAAAGGCCCUGCUAGAGUUGGAGUCGAGUGCGUCAAGCGACGAAGCUGUGCGCAAACGCAUCGCCUCCCUGCCGCCUGAAGUUUCGGAAGUGCAAUUAUUAUCUAAGUUAGAAGAUAAGGAAAGCGCGCAGAGUCUAAGCGCAAUAGUGAAUUCGGCGGUGGAGUUGCUAGCUGAGUACAAUCUGAGGCUGUCUGAGGAAUUGGAGAAGAGAAGGAGGGUGGCGGCCAUGUUGCGGGACUUCGCGCAGGCGCAGAGGGACCUCGCUAAACAGGCUGAGGCUAGACUAGAGGAAUACAACAUAAAACUACAGAAGAUAUACGCAGUGAAGUCGGAAGUGAAGUCCCACAUAGAGAACCUGCCAGACGUGUCGCGCCUGCCAGACGUGACUGGCGGGCUGGCCCCGCUGCCCUCGGCCGGAGACCUCUUCAGCGUCUGACCGCGACUACUCGGGUGCUUCGCGGGACGUUGCUAUGGCAACGCAUACGUAAACAUCCUACAUACGUCCCACUGCAAGGCACAGGCCUCUCAAUCAACCUUCGAUAAUCCGCGCAGUAUAAGUUGAGCAAAAAGGUAGCGUCUCUGGUUGUCAUAGUUACUCGCUCAUACCGCCCUUUGGAUGAGACGUAAUAAUUUGUUGCUAAUUCAAGGUCAUUGUUCGACUUAAGGUCAUAGCUCACUUACACGACUGCUUCAAGAUUGCCCUAAACUAAAACGACUGCUAGCGGUCAACUACCGAGCAGUCUGAUGGCGGGAAGCUUGCUUGAACCCCCUGGUUACCUUCGCCGCUCGUCUCUAUAUUUUCUUAUCACUGCGAAAUUCUUAAUCUAUACUAUAGUCACAACUUUUUCUGUUCAUUAGAUUAGGAAAGGGACGUAAUUAAUAUAUGGCUGUGUUGGUUUGAUUUCGGUUUUGAAAGCGUCUUUCUUCGUGAAUAAUACGCUAUGUUAAUACAAUUAAGAUAGGCUCGAAUAAUUCAAGAAAAUUAAUACCUGAUUGCUAAGUGACAAAAUAAGAAAAAUUCGUUUCUUUUACGGUCGUCAUUGAUUAAUUAUUUUAAAGAUAAUUAUAAGUUUUUUCGUUCACAUUACAAGUAAAUGUGGAAUAAGUUUCCCACGAAGGUUUUCCCACUGCCCAAUGACAUGGGGUUAUUCAAAAGGAAAGCAAUAAAGGCUCUUUAAAGUUGGCAACACAUAGUUAAACCGCGUAAAUACCCAUAGGCGGCGGUCACCACAUACCACCAGGAUGCCUGAUCGCCGACCAAGUCACAUAAAAACAAGUUUUUAUUAGUCACGAAGCGCGAAGGGAAUUUAAAAUGUGAAGCCAACAAUUCAAAAUCAUCACAACUGUAUUCAACAUUUCUAUAAAUUGAGAAGCUAAUUUAAUUUAUCACCGUAAUACAGACGUUGGUUCUUAGCCAAUCCUCACCCCUUAUGAUAAACAGUCCUCUUAAACCCAUGUUUGGUUUAUAAUUGAUUAUCACGUGCUCGACUGUGAAGGAAAACAUGGUGAGGAAACCCACAUUCCCGAGAAAUGUAUUUCGGAGGUGACUUAACCUGUAUGGUUUUCCCUUCGCGGGUUGGAAGGUCAAACAGGCAGUCGCUUGUGUAAAAAACCGGACCUGUCUAAAUCUUCAGGUUAGGUCAGCGGACCCUGCGAAAACGGGAUGACUGGAGAGAAUUACAAUAAGAAGUUCUCUUAAAAAAUCUUUAUAAGUAUUACACAGAGUUUUCCUGUAAAUAGUUUAAUUAUACUGUGUUUGAAUUCUUUCCCUCCUUAGGAUAGUUUCGUUUUGCGAGAUGGAAAUAUAUUGUAUAGAAAACAUUACUAUACGUAUAUUCAUCAUAAUCUAUAAUUUUGGUGCAAAUAUCAAUGAGUGGUGUUAGGUUUCCUAACUUAGUGUUUAAACAAGUUUGGUGUUGCCCUGUUUAAUUUUAAUUGUUUCAUAUACAGUAAGUGACUUGAUACACACGGUCUUACCACAUAAAGUAUAAACCAGCUUAAAUAAAUAUGUGUCAGCUAGCAUAAUUUAAUCUAUACUUCUUAAAACGUGGCAUGGUUAGACCGACUUAUCUUUCCUCUCUUUCGGCCAAUGGCUGAGCUAGGUUUAAAUUGAACAGACCACAAGCAGCUUAAAUAAAUCACAAGCAGGUAAAUUGGCGAAAUAUAGAUGUAUAAAUGAAAAUAGGCUGAUAUAUUAUUUGUUUGUUUGUAAUUUAGAAAUUGAAAUAACUAACAUUCGAAUGCUGGAAUCAUUUAAAUUUAAUAAUUAUUGUAUGCGGCGCGAUAUGUUUUAACCCUUUGCAUGGUGUUGAUUUUAUGUAAACCAAAAUAUAUUAUUAAGUUUAGCAGCUCUAAAAAUAGAGUGCCGUCUUUCACUUAUAGUGUUGGUCAGGCUUUACCUACUCACAUAGAAUAAAGAAUAGUACGUAUAGAACUUUCCGCCCCGCACCAAUUCGUCAGGGCGCCGACCUCACCCUCUCUGGGUCUUGCUUUAGUCUUAAAUGGCCGUAAACCGUUAAGGAGUAAAGACUUUUUCGAAUUUACGCGUUAGAUAGUACACAAUAACAAUGAGAUUUUUGUAUGGACCGAAAAUUCACCAUUUUAUACGUAGUAGGUAUUCUUUAUUCUUUGACACGAGGCUGUCAAAUUAAUCGAGCUAUAUUUAAAGGAUAAUAAAAAAAAUCCGUCGCAUAUUGUGUCGCAUUAUUUGCUGCCAAUCAUCUCAACUAUUUAUGUUGCGAAAUUUAUUUUUUAUUAUAAAUAAUUAACUUUUGAUUUGUAACUAUAGUUAGAUAAAUGGUUGUAAAAAUCGUGGUUUGAAUGUUUGUUUUUGACUUGUUGUAAUUUAGCACUUGACACUUUAAAUUAAUUGUUAGUGGGGUGUAAAUUAUUUGAGGAUUUAUAAUUUAGAUUUUAGCUAUGUUUAGUCGGGUCAGGAAUAAAAACGUUCUAAAGGUGCAAAGUAGGUACUUGUGUUUCUGACAUGAUUGUAAAAUUAUUUCUAAUUAGUUUGUAGUAUGACUUCUGUAUUGAUUCUAAAAUCAAACGCUCGCUGCUCGCGGUGUCAUAAAUCAUCGGUGCGCUACGGAUGGACGCGUGGUAUGCAAUCUUUCUUUUUUAUAUUAUUACUAUCGACACUACAGUGGUACGGUCACGCACGAGCAUUAAUAUAUAUUGUAUACACUUUGGUACCAUGUCACAUUAACUUUUUUGACAAAUUGAACUGUAAGUCUCACUAAAUGUCAAAUAUGUUAGUGCGACAGAGUCCCAAAGUGGGUACAUUAUAUUGCUCAUGACUGUACGUCGCUAUGGUCGCCCGUAACCCUCGUAAGUGCAACAGAGAGCGCAACAAUCGGCGUCCUGCUUCCACGUUUUAUGCACCGCGGACAGCGAGCGUUUGAAUUUAGUAUAGUAUCCUUCAUAAAUGUUGAUCCUUUAUAUUGUCGCCUUAGGCUGCCCGCCCAUCCGAUAAUCGGUAACCGAUUUUUAUAGGACAAAAAUAGAACGUACUGAUUGCAAUGAGGGACUUUUCAAGUUGCGUUCCUCAAAAACAAUAUAAAAUUUUCCUUUUUUUUAACCUUCUAAUUUCAUGGAUAACAUACAUUGCAUCUUUCAUCUUCGUUUUUGAGUAUAAAUGAUGACCCUUGUAUUACACCCAGGCAUCUUCCACUCAUUAUUAUUCUGAUCCAAAUAUCAAGCAAUGCUUUUUUAUUUUUAUUUAUUUUCUUAUAAAAACAAUGUUACAAACACUGGCUUGUGCCAUUACGACUGUUGAAUAAUUAUGUACCCGAGUAAUGAGAAAAUAGGUAAUUUUCACGUUUAAGCUCGACAGUGCACUCCAUAUUAUUUUUGGGGAAGGUCACCCUGGAAAGUUUUUCAUAGCGCAACGCACAAAAAGCCUACAAAAAGUCGGCAGAAUGCUGAUGCUUACUGGAAUAUUGCAUGACAGUGAUUAUUAGUACUCUAUAAAUUUCUAUAUGCGGGCAUUCCCCUCUAGUGCCGAGGAUUACUGACAAGACAAACUGACAAAAAGUCACUGGUACUAAGUUGUAUUUCAACUUGAUAAAAUUACUUGUAAUUAAUUGGCCCGAUUAUCGGUCCUACAAAAAGUCUUGACGUGAGCGGGCAGCCUUAUUGUGAAAACUAUUGUUUCUAAUGUGAUUUUCUUUAACAAAACCAAUGACUAUUAAGAAAAAUUGUGACCACUGGCGCUUAAGCAACUACCCGCAUGGGAAAAACUUCCAAAAAGAAAAUAGAUCGAAAAAUUACCAUAGAUGUGGUUUUAAGUAGGAUAUUAGCUGUUUCUCUGUCGAGUCAGUAGUCUUCGACUUAUUUUCUGCUAUCCUUUAUGCCUAAAAAUACUAAUAGGACACAUUUUAUGUUUCUGUAGAUAAUUUACGACGAUUAUGGUAUUGUACAAGAUUGUAACAAUUUACUUCUAUGGCAAUUGUGUUUUUAUAUUUGUUGGAACGAACCUAAAGUACGCCAUUCUUCAUAAAAGUCCCCUGGUUAGUAUAUUAGUUAGUAUCGAUUUGUUUGUUUUGUAAGCCAAAUAGUAGUCUAGUAAAGGUACUAGUUAUUUUAUGAGCUACUACCUGCUGUGUAUAGCAUAUGGUAUAGUUGUACGUCGACAUAAUGGAAAUAUUAAAUUUGUUAUAUUAACAAG